GUGCUGUGUGUUUACACGGAGUUGUAUUUGUAAACAUGUAGGCCUUCAGGAUUCUAAAGCAGUGUAGCUCGUACGUGUACGUGUGUUCCGUACAUCCGUAACUGUGUACCACUGGAGUUUAGGGUAUAUAUAUAGAAAUACAUGUCAGAGACGUGUAUGAUACAUGCACAAUUACUCAUUUAUAUAUAUACACACACAAUUGUGGAUCAAAACCGGAUACAUGUAUAUGCACUUGAUGUAGUGGGUAAUUAAUAUUGUAUAUAUAAUAAGUAAUAUCAUAUUUAAUGAUUCAGUUAUCUGAAUAUUGAUCUACUAUCUGCCGUGCAACUAUUUGCCGACUACUAAUGUGUUGGAUUUUUUAAAAUUCGUCUGGAACGAUUUGACGCACACACCAUCCCGAUGCUUUGGACCUAAACGGUAUCACUACGUCACAGAUGAAGAUACAUGGUAUAACUGACUCCUGAAGUUCCACAUGUACAUUGGGAUUAAAAAGUGCGGCCAUGUUUUUCCUGUUGGUGGCGGUAUGUUUGGUUUUGCUGGUGAUUUUUCUUUCCAGGAGACGCUUACAGCACAAAAACCUUCCACCGGGACCAACUCCACUUCCGGUAAUAGGAAAUCUAACAUGCAUGAGGAGGAAUAAUGUGUUUCUGACGUUCAGAGAACUUCGUGUGAAGUACGGGGAUGUGUUCACUCUACACAUCGGUAACAUAGUUACCGUAGUCUUCAAUGGGUACGCCACUUUACGAGAGGCAUUCGUCCAACACGGAGAUAGCUUCUCGGACAGGCCGAACAUCUUCAUCUUCAAAGAUAUUUCCAAACAUCACGGCAUCGCGGGAAGUUCUGGUGACUUAUGGAAAGAGCAUCGGACGUUUGCUUUGAAAACACUUCGAGAGUUCGGAUUCGGAAAGAGAGGUCUGGAGUCGAAGAUAAUAGAAGAAAUUGAGGCUUAUCUCCCUUGUCUUGAAGAAAAGAAUGGAGAACCAUUUAACAUACACGCCCUUACUCAGACAAGUGUCUCAAAUGUCAUUUGUUCGAUUGUUUUUGGACAGAGAUUCGACUACAAGGACGAACGUUUCACAAAACUUAUGGAAAUGUUUGAUGCAAAUUUCAAAUUGAUGAACCCAAUCUUGAACUUCUUCCCAUUUCUUCAACAUAUUCCCGGAGAUCCUUUUAAGGCAAAGCAGAUUCUACGGAAUGCCGACACCGUGUACGCAUUUAUAUGGGAACUGGUCCAGGAGCAUGACAACAGUAUGGACGACACGUACAGCCGUGACUAUAUUGAUGCCUACCUGAAAGAGAAGAAAGAACGCCAAUCUGAUCAGUCCAAUACAUUCACAGACUUCCAGAUGCUUCGGUCGAUUGGAGACUUGUUUUCCGCGGGAACAGAAACCACUACAACAUCAAUAAGAUGGGCUGUUCUAUUCCUGUUGUACAACCCAGACGUUAAGGAACGUAUGGUAGCGGAAAUACACGAUGUUGUUGGAACGUCCCGGUUUCCAAAUCUCGGCGACAAAGAGAACAUGCCAUAUUCGGAGGCAGUAGUAACAGAGGUGAUCAGAAAGGCUAACGUUGCUCCUCUUGGCGUUCCUCAUAGCUGUAAAACCGACGUAGAAUUCCGCGGAUACACUAUUCCGAAAGGAGCUGUUCUGCUCCUAAAUAUAGAUUCGGUCUUAUUUGACCCUGUAGAAUUUCCCGAUCCAGAAAAAUUCGAUCCUACACGUUUUCUAAAUGAAAAUGGAAAAUUCUUCGGACGUGAAGUGUUUGCAGCAUUCUCUGUCGGUCGCCGCGCAUGCCUGGGUGAGACUUUGGCGCGUAUGGAGCUGUUCUUGUAUUUGACAACAAUUCUCCAGAGGUUUGAUCUAGUGCCGGAACACGCUGAUCGUCUGCCGUCUUUAGAAGGUGUUCUAGGGGUCACUCAUACGCCUCGCCCCUACAAUGUCCGCCUGGUGUCGCGACAGUAGUUACGCCACAGUGAACCACACGCCUCGACCCUACAACGCCCGCAUGGUGUUACGACAGCAGUUACGUCACAAUGCAAUCGAAAAAAAAACCUUACUCGUUGGAAAGUACCGACGGUUCCCCAAUGUUCACAAAAUACCCAGCGCAAUUUCACCGAUUGACUAUGCAGAUCCAAACACAGGUGUGCAAAGCUGUUUUGUGUAUAUAACACACUUAAGGAGUUUCCAACCUUUGUAAUACACAUGUUUUUCUUUU